AUGAAAAUGUUGACAGAAAUCAACUCUAAUGAUCACACAAUGAACAAUUUCAUUGAUAGUGCUAAAGAGUUUGCCAACUUACUUGGAACGGACCCAGAAGCUGAUUUUAAAAACCACCAUCGUAAAAGAUUAGCUCCUAAACGAUAUGAUUCUAAUGCCACAACUCAAGUUGAAUUCACAAUGCAUUUAUUUUAUAGAAAAGAAUUUAAAAUGGUUCUCGAUACUCUGUUGAAACUAACAAAUGACAAUUUAAAAUCAUGUAUUUCUUCUAUUCAACCAUUAUUUACUUUAUUUUCUCAGCCAUUUAAUAAAAGCAAUAUUUCCUUAGAUAAUGUAAAGAAAUCUAUUUCUUUAUUCCCACCAAGCAGUGUAGGUGCAAGUCUUUUAGAUUAUGAUUUAGUACAAACAGAACUAGAAAUAUUAUUUAGUAUGUUACAAGAAGAUAAAACAUCAUUUAAUUCUUUAAUGGAAAAAGCAGAAGAAGUAAAGCAUAUUUUACCAUGUGCCAAUCAAAUUUGUCGUUUGGCAUUGACUUCUCCUGUAACAGUUGCAUCAAACGAAAGAUCUUUUAGUAAACUAAAAUUGAUUAAAACACAUCUUAGGUCAACAAUUGCUGAUGAGAGAUUAAAUUCUUUGGUUGUAUUGGGAGUAGAAAAAGACAUUGUUGAUCAAUUAGACAUAAAUAAAAUAGCUCAUCAGUGGUCAAUUUUAAAAAACCGACGUAUACAAAUUUAG